GCUGCAGGCUCACUCCAGCCACUCCACACUGAGACAGAAACAGAGCUCCACACAGAGCUUUAAAGGGAAAUGAGCAAAGCAACAGAAUAGUGGUAAGUCACAAGAAAAUAAGAGGAGAGGUAGGAGAGGGGCCGUGAACACCAGAUGCUAUCACAUAACAUUUCAAACAGGAGACACAGACGGAGACAGACGAAAAAGAACAAACCGGACCAUUCUCUUCAGAAACAUCUCUUGGCCACAUCAGUUUAACUCUGCUGUCUACCUGCUGGGACUGGACAAUGACAGAGGACGCAGAAGUGGGAGUCGAACUCUCCCAGACCUCUGGGUCUGAGCAACAGGGUCCACAUUUCCUACAAGAUGUCAUCUUCCAUGGCAAGUUUAAGCUUCUGAAGGCUCUAACCCCAGAGGAAAACACCCACUGCCAGCACGGACUCUACUUCCAGGAUGGUCAGCGGCGUGUCGACUACGUCCUCACCUACCCUGUAAAGAAGCCGUCCAGUGGCCGCUCCAGCCGACAGUCAACGCACUUGCUCACUGAAAAUGCUGUCGCCCGCAGCCUACGCCGUGCUCCCCACAGCCGUGAUCCCCAUAGCCGUGAUGAAAAUCUCCGACAUCACCAAACACAAAAGGCGAGAGACUCAUCAUCCCUGCCGUCGUCACCGGUGGCCGAUGUGGAGCUGGGCUGUACCGGAGAGACCCUCAAUGGUCAAGAGGAUCACAAAAUGUUCAGGAGGGAGGAGUUUGAGGGAAAACUAAGAGACAUGGGGCUGGAGCUGGAGAAAGAUGAGGAUACUAAGAUUGCAGGGCUGGGCUUUGUGAAGAUUCAUGCUCCCUGGAACAUUCUGUGUCGAGAGGCUGAGUUCAUGAAGCUAAAGAUGCCCACCAAGAGGGUGUAUGAAGUCAAGCAGUCGAGUGGUGUUGUGGAGAAGAUCGGCUCCCUGAUCAGUAAAGUUGUGGAACCUCUCCAUCCUCAUGUUGAGGAACAUCAACCCAAGAACAUUAAACACCUGUCACACACUUUCUCCAGGGAAAAACAACACCUGUUUGACCUCUCAGACAAAGAUUACUUCUUUGACAGCAAAACCAGGAGUUCAAUAGUCUUUGAAAUACUAAAAAGAACAAAAUGCAAGGCCAAGUACAGCAUGGGUAUCACCAGUCUGCUGGGUUCUGGUGUCUAUACAGCAGCCUAUCCUCUUCAUGAUGGAGAUAUUAAUGAGGAGAGCGCAGAGCCCAAUGACAGAAAGCUGUUGUAUGAAGAGUGGGCCAACUACAGUGUUUUCUACAAGUACCAGCCCAUUGGACUUGUACGGAAGUAUUUUGGAGAGAAGAUUGGUCUGUACUUUGCCUGGUUGGGUCUGUAUACCCAGAUGCUGAUUCCUGCCUCUCUAGUAGGGGUUAUUGUGUUUCUGUAUGGAUGCGCAACAGUCGAUGACAACAUACCGAGCAUGGAGAUCUGCCACCCAAAGAACAACAUCACCAUGUGUCCUCUGUGUGACAGAGUGUGCAGCUACUGGAAGCUUAGCACUGCCUGUGCAACGGCCCGGGCCAGUCACCUGUUCGACAACCCAGCCACCGUUUUCUUCUCUAUAUUCAUGGCUCUGUGGGCUGCCAUGUUCAUGGAACAUUGGAAGAGGAGGCAGAUGAGACUAAACUAUGAAUGGGACCUGACUGGGUUUGAAGAUGAGGAGGAAGCUCUCAAGGACCACCCCAGGGCUGAAUAUGAAUUCAGGGUCAUGCAGAAGUCUCUGAGCAAAGAUCAGAAAUCACAGCACAAGAUUGAAAAGCUCACAUGUCAAGACCGCCUCCCAGCCUACAUGACUAACAUUGUCAUGAUGCUGUUAAUGAUUGGUGUUACGUUUGCCAUUGUAUUUGGUGUGAUCCUCUACCGGAUCUCUACCAAAGCCGCUCUUCAUAUGAGCUCCAAUCCGGUUACACGGAGUCAUGUUCAACUGACGGUUAAAACCACUGCAGCCAUCAUCAACCUGGUGGUCAUCCUCAUACUGGAUGAGGUGUAUGGAGCUGUAGCACGAUGGCUCACUGUGUUGGAGGUUCCUAAGACAGACAAGAGUUUUGAGGAACGACUAAUCUUCAAGACCUUCAUCCUCAAGUUUGUGAAUGCUUUCACCCCCAUCAUCUACAUUGCUUUCUUCAGAGGAAGACUGGUGGGCAGACCAGGCAGCUACCUGUAUGUGUUUGAAUCCUACAGAAUGGAAGAGUGUGCCCAUGGAGGCUGUCUGAUGGAGCUGUGUAUCCAGCUGAGUAUCACCAUGUUGGGAAAACAGCUCAUUCAGAACAAUCUUUUUGAGAUUGGAGUACCUAAGCUGAAGAAGCUGAUUCGCUACAUUCGGUCAAAACAAGUGGCUUUUCAAGAAGAAGAGAGACAGAAGAAGCUGCAGAGAUAUGAAACGGACCACUUCCUGGAACCAUUUGCUGGGUUAACACCUGAAUAUAUGGAAAUGAUCAUCCAGUUUGGUUUUGUUACGUUGUUCGUGGCAUCCUUCCCCCUGGCUCCGCUCUUUGCCCUGCUCAACAACAUCAUUGAAAUACGACUUGAUGCCAAGAAAUUUGUGACUGAGUUGCGAAGACCAGUGGCAGCAAGGGCCAAAGACAUUGGUAUAUGGUACAACCUACUAAGAGGGGUAGCCAACGUGGCUGUCAUCAUCAAUGCAUUUGUCAUCUCCUUCACUUCAGACUUCAUCCCUCGAAUGGUCUACCAGUACAUGUACAGUCCUGAUGGCUCCAUGCAUGGAUUUGUCAACCAUACGCUGUCCUACUUUAAUGUCAGCCACUUCCAGGAAGGCAAAGAAACCAUGGAUCCGUUGCACCUUGGCUACCCUGUUGAGAUGUGCAGGUAUAAGGACUACAGAGAACCUCCUUGGUCAAACACUCCAUAUGAGAUCUCAAAGGAAUUCUGGGCGGUCCUUGCUGUCCGACUGGCAUUUGUCAUUGUUUUCCAGAAUGUUGUAAUGCUGAUGAGCGACAUUGUAGACUGGAUGAUUCCAGACAUCCCUAAAGACAUCAGCAUCCAGAUCCACAAUGAGAAGAUUCUGUUAGUAGACCUCUUCAUGAAAGAGGAGCAGAACAAGAUCAACAGUCUUGAGAGCAGGGCCUCCACAGGCAGUAAGGAGAACUGCAGCCAGAGCAACAACAACAACAACAACAACAACAACAACAACAGCACAAUGGUUCACCCACGCUCAGGACUGCACAGCAACAGCACUCAAAGCUUCUAAUGCCAGUAACAAUGAAUUCUUAGUUCAGUGGAGUAGUUCUUGGUUAGCAACUCUUGGUUAGCAAGUCUUGCUAGCUGCCUACUCGCUCAGGCCUUAACUAUGUGUUUUUGUCCUUGUUCAGAACAUUCCAACAGUUGGGAGAGCAGCUGGCUGAUGAGGUGCGAGUAAGUGCGUGCUCAGAUUUGUGAAAGAGUACAGGAAUCUGUAAAUGUGUUUUAUGUUUUGCAUGUGUACCAAUAUUGUGAAUGUGUACACAAAGCUGUAAAUUCACACACAGAUUUGAGAAUAUGUACAACAAUAAUCUGUGCUCAUAUUUGCAAAGAGUACACAAGUCUUUCAAAUGUGCAUAAAAUGUACAUGUAUAAAAAAAAUCAGUGUAAAUGGCUUUUUUAUUAAUGUGCUAAAAAUCCAAGUAGGGUAGCUUAUUUACUAAGCCUGUCAUGAAUUACGGUCACCAGAAUUACUAAAUUAAGCGGGGUAUUUACGAAGACUACAGGGCCCUAUUUCAGAAAUCAGGAUUAGUGAAAACUGAGUAUGUUGAGCCUGAGAUGAGGGUAACACUGAGUUUGCGGUUUCACAAAGCCAGUUCAGCAUAACCCUGAGUCAGUUACUAUGGCAAUAUACUCCAUGAAGCAAACCUGCUGGCUGACAGGCUGUGGCUGAUUGCCCGCUGAGCAUGUAGCAGGACGGCGAGACAUGGCGUGUCCUUUGGUGAAUUAAGUCAUGGACGUUGAGGCACAGUUUAUUCAGAGGCUGUUGCAUGAGGAGAUGGUGAUUAGACCCCGUUUGGAUGUCUUAUUGUUCCCGGAGGAGUGUCCAUAUGAAAUAAACUAUGUCACCACACACUCUAUCAUUUAUCUAACAAUCUUUUCCACCCAGAUAUAUCAAAUAUUACACAUCCUGGAUUUGCUUUAUCAUCAGAGCAAAUUUUAACAUCAGAGAUACUGAACACAUCAGCAAGACAACAGUUUGUCAGGCCAUAAGAAAAGUGACUCUGGCUCUGAAAAGACUUUUGCCCGUUUUUGUUGUUUUCCCUGGGCAUAAAUCAGAAAGGAUCCUCAGAGGAAUUCCACAGAAUUGCAGGGUUGUCAGUGUAAAUAAUAACUUAAUCAAUGUGGAUACACUAUGCAAUGAUUUAUGAAUACUUUUCAUGAAUUUUAAAUAUUUCACAGUGUAAUUGGCCACAUUUAUGGGACUUACAUCCCCAUAUAUAUGAACAUUGUUAAAAUAUAAAAAUGUUAAUAUAUUUUCUGUAUAUUAGACACAUUAAGGCAUCACAUUACAUAACAUCAUAUAACAUUACCUAUUAACAUGCUCUGCAAUCUCUUCCUAUGCUACCUCACGCUGUUUAGCUGCAGCUGCUAAACUGGGGUGAAAUAAGUGGCUCAGCUUUUAACUCCACUUUUUGCCAUUGAAAAUCAUGUCAUCUGCACUCCAUUGAUGAUGGCUUGUGGUGCUCACUGUGAACGCGCUUCCCUCAGGCUAAACAUACUCAGAGUUGAUUGAACUAAUUCUGAUCAGCAGUUCUGGAGCUGAAAACUCAAGAGUUUUCUAGCUCAGGCUCAACCAACUCAGAGAUCAGGAUUAGGCCUGAGUUUGUUGAGCCUGCUUUCAGAUGUAUAUGAGCCCAGCUACACUUCAUCUGAUUUGCACAAAGUGCCAAGAAAUAAAUGCAGAGAAUUUUUGUUGUUGUUGUUGACACAUUUGGAACUGCAAGUGUGUAUUCAUCUGGCAGGAGACAACUGGAAAUAGAAAGGUGACAGGUUUGUAGCAUUGGCGCUCUUAUGUGUUGUGUGCUCACUGUUUGGACCUGCUUCUCAUCUCUCAUCCUCUGUGUGACCAAUAAAGGUACUGCAGAUUUUAAA